UGAAUGAGAAAGGGGGGUGUGAAUAAGUGUGACUCUGCUGGGCUCAGCGUGAUUUACGGCUCUGCUGAAAACUGCUUCCCCUGCAGCUUCAGCACCACCACCACCACAGCAGCAGCAACAAGUCAGGAUUCAGAGAGUAAUGCAACAGAACACUUUUGAAGAAAGCAGACACCCUUGGCAGGAGUCAUUUGAAAAUGUCAGUAUCUGCAUGCCAUUUCGUUGCCCACGAUGCGGUGACCACACUAGAUUCAGAAGCCUUUCUUCUCUGAGGGCACAUCUGGAGUAUAAUCAUAGGUAUGAAGAAAGAAGCCUUCUGACAAAAUGCAACCUAUUUUCUUCCCUCAAAAAUGCAGACUUGCUCUCUUCCUCAGAGACCGUGACUCAAGGAAAACUGGGGAACACCAGCAAUGCAAUAAAACAAAAACCAUCCUACAUAAAUUUUUGUGACACAUCACAUGAGUACCCAAAGAACAGAAAAUCACUGGAGGUGGAAGCUGAAAGGCCUGUCUCUUUUGUGGCAAAUUACGGGUCAGCUGACUUCACAGAUGAGCAAAUUUCUAAACCUGGUGUUCCAACAACAGACUCCAAAGCCUCUUUUGAGGCACAUGUACGAGAAAAGUUUAAUAGGAUGGUAGAAGCUGUAGAUAAAACAAUAGAGAAGAGAAUUGACAAGCUUACCAAAGAGCUGGCCCAAAAAACUGCUGAGCUGUUGGAAGUUCGGGCGGCUUUUGCGCAGCUAUCUCAGAAGAAACAGGAAGUUCAGAGGCGAGAGAGGGACCUGAACAGACAGGUGGAUGUUGCAGUUGAGAUGAUUGCUGUACUGAAGCAACGUCUUACAGAGUCUGAGGAAGAACUUCACAGGAAAGAAGAAGAGGUUGUUACUUUUAACCACUUCCUGGAAGAGGCAGCUGAGAAAGAGGUCCGUGGGAAAGCCAGGCUCCAACACUUCAUUGAGAAUCUAUUGCAGCGGGUUGAUCUGGCAGAAAGACAACUAGAAUAUUAUCAAAAUCAGCAGAUAAUGUGCAAUUACAAUGAUGUCAAUGAACACAUGUUUACAGACCUCUCAUCAAAUAAGAAACCCAGAUGCCUAAGCCGAGGAAAUCAGCAUGGUUCAUAUAAUAUACCUGAUGCAAAACCUCAUUCCCUUCAAAAAGGUAGACUGUUCCUAAAGAAAACCAAGGAUGAGAAGAACAGCAUCCAGCCAGUUAUAUUCUUCUAUGAGCCUGUCGACUGCUCAAGAGAGCUAUGGAGGCCACAGAAAAAAGGUGAACCUGUGAGUGCUGCCCGAAAGGUGAAUUCAAAAUCCAAGCAGGGUAAAAAAGACAAAUAGCUACAGUAACAGAUUAUAUUAUAUAACAACAUGCAGGAGCUACUGGCACAAGGCUUCAACAAAACAGAUAUUGAAUCAUGUCUGUUAGCUAAGCAUUGUACUUUUUCUUAUUCAUUUGUUCAUGCCAUAAAAUAUUAAAUAUAAAUAUAUAUAUAAUAUAUACAGUAUGAAAGAAUAUUUAUAUUAUUUAGUAAUUUUGUUUCCAUUGGAGGGUCUAUAAGUGAAGUAACAUUUAUUUAUGUCAGUUUGCAUUUGAUUUUUCUAUUUAUGUAAUGCUAGAGCCUAUUGAAAAUGAUCCCAGUAUCUUGCUGUAUGCUAUUGUGGCCAUAUGUUUUAUAACCAGAUAUUUUAGUGGCAGUAUGUGGUUUACUAAUCUAAUUUUCAUCCAUGUCAUUGCAUUAGUUCAGAAGAAUCCAUUUAAUUGGCAUCCUGAUACUCAGUCUUUGCACUUAAUUGGUGUGAUUGCCAGGAAAUAUGUUCAAUGACAAAUCACUACAUAUACCAGCACACUUAGUUGUGAGAAGUGCAUUUUAGUGUAAUCCUACAGUGCUGUCUUCAAAGCUGUUCAUAGCAGCAGAUUGGUAUUUGCAAUCCUGAAUUUUCUCUGUACAGCCCUGCAUGUUCAUUUCAUGCUCCUUCCAUGCUUUACUAUAGCUCCUAUUGGGAUCCAAGAAGUGGGCAGGCUUUGCCCACCCACUGCUAAAGGAUCUCCCCCCACCCAGCCUAAGGGGGGUCCACAGGACCUGGAGACCAAAAAAUUACAGGGGACAACUAAUAAAAGAACAGGGACAGGAGUGAGGUCAAAGGGUGCUUUACUAUAGCUGCUAAACAAAUUGAUUUUACUCAGGGCCAAAUUCCAAGCUUGUGUAAAUUACACAGAUCAAUUAACUUCAGUGCUUGCUUUGAAAAUGCUGCAUGCUUUGUAUUUUCAGUACCGUUUCAACUUCUGCCAUUGUUGAUCAGCAGGAAUUGAACUGAGGCCUACAAUCAGAAGCUACUUUGUCCAUGUCUACACUGCAGUUAGACAUCUGCAGCUGGUCCAUGUCAGCUGAUGCGGGCUCACGCCAGGGCUCAGGCUGAGGGGUUGUUCAAUUGCAGUGUAAAUGUUUGGACUCAGACUACAGCCCGAGUUCUGGUACCCUCCCACUUUGUAGGGUCUUAGAGCUCAGACUUCAGCCCAAGCCUAAACGUCUACACUGCAAUUAAACAGCUUCCCAGACCGAGUCAGCUGGCACAGGCCAGCCUCAGGUGUCUAACUGCAGAGUAGACAUACCCUUUGAGCUAACGGAAUAACUCCAUUACCAAGUAGCAGUAGUAGUUUCUUUCCCUCUGUGGAUCAGCAGCUAGAGGGAAAGAUAAGUUACGCUAUGUGCCAGCAUGUUCCACUGUAAUAUGUGUUUUUAGGCAAUUAAUGAAUAUUUACCAGCACAGUGUACUACAUGAUCCUCUUAAUUGGGAUGAUAAUUGAGGACCCAAUCUUGCUAAUUUUUAUCUGUAUGAAUACUCCUUUCACACACUAAUACUCCCAUGGAUUUCAAAUAAAUACAUACGAGUACGGAUGUUAGAAAGGAUUGCAGGAUUGGAACCUUAACUGGAAUGUCUCUACUUCCACUGGUUUGUGCCAAUUAAAAGGAUUCUACUUGAUCAUAAUGUUCUUCAGAAUUCAUUUUGUGUGUAUAUUUUUGGUAGCAUUAAUCCUUAUGCCAAGUUUAUAAAUAUUAGCAUCCUGUUGAGAUUACUGGCAAGAACUGUUUUCUUGAGAAGAGAAUAAAUAGCCGAGUCAAGUCUCUGUUUACUUUAUUUUUUAAAUGCUCUUAACAGACGUAAAUUGUCUUUGUGGAAGCUGGUUUUUAAAGUACAUAUAUAAAGAUGUGCAGAAAAUGUUACUUGUUUUUUAUAAUUAUGACUGUAAGCAUAACUGAGUGAGAAGAAGCAGAAGAAAACAUAUCACCAUGACUAUUGCUGCAAUAAACUCUAGAUUUGCAAUAUAUUUGAUGUAGACGAUAACUAAUAUGCUAAAAUGCAGGAAACAACAAAUGUCACAUUUUUCAUUGUAUAUAAUUCCCAGAGUGUAUCAUAGUGAAGAAUGAAACGAUUGAGUUCUCACUUUUAUUUAAGAUAAUGUAUAUGGAACUAUCACGUGUGUUUAAACUUUCAUAACACUGUUUCAACUGAAAGUCACAGUGUAAAAAAAAUCAGGUAUUUAAAUUGUUGACAUUUUAAUAUAUGUUUAGAUAUCUCAUUGUCAAAUUUAACGUUAUGUCAUGUUAGAUGUCAUGUGCUGGUAAAAAAAAUGAUUUGUUAAUUGUAUUGCAUGCUGUUUUUUGUCUGAUGAGAACCAUCUUUUGCAAUCCAUGCAGCCAAAAAUUCUUUAAACUUUUCUACUGCUUCCCACAUUAUCAGCUUUCUUAGAAAAAAAUUGCCGAUCUUUUACUGCAGAUAAUAAAAGGGGAUGUUUAGAAAGAAUUUAAGUAAAACCCAUUAGCCCACUCUUUAUUAGUCAAAAGUAAAAGUAGUCUUUUUAUUUUUCAGUACCUUGUCUACUUUUUUUGGAUGAUAAGUCACCAAAGUUAAGCACAACUAUUCAUAUUUCAUGCAUGAGAGGCUUAUUUUAUUAUUUAUCAUCACUUGAAAUCUUUACUAUAAGUUGUCCUUUAAAAAAAAGUUGCAUGUUCUUUAACUUCCUAAAUCCUAAAUUGUUAAAGACACCAUUUGCUGAAUCAGUGCCAAACUAGUCAGUUGCAAAGAAGUUGAAAUAUACUGUAACCCCCAGAAAAAGAAUGUAGAAUAUAAAAAUUCUAAAAUAAAGCUAUAUUUCUCAGGUAUUGUGUUUAUGAACUAUGUAAUAGUACAAUGCAUGUUUUUUGCAAUGAUGGCAGGCAGGGGCAUGAAUACAAAAGAAAAAUAUCCCCCCUGAUGGCACUGUUCAUUAGUUAGUUGCUUGUUACAUAAAUGAGACAAGAUGGAUAAGGUCAUAUCUUUUAUUGGACCAACUCUGUAGGUGAGAGAGACAAGUUUUUGAGAAGAACUCUGAAGAAGAGCUCUGUGGAGCUCAAAAGCUUGACUCUUUCAGGCACAGAAGUUAGUCCAAUAAAAGCUAUUGCCUCAUUUGCCUUGUCUCUCUCAUAUCCUGGGACCACCACAGCUACACCACCGCAUUACAUUAAGUGGCAGUUUACAUAAGUGUAAGUUAAUUGGGCCCCAAUCCUGCAAAGAUGUACAAAUGAAUUUGAAACAAACGACAUGAAAAUAAAAUGCCUUUUUCUGAAAAGAUUUAAUUUCUUUUUGAGGAAGAAAACUUCUAUAGAAACAAAAGCUGCGGGAAGAAGUGGUAUUAAGACAUUGUAAAAGGAGAUGAAAAACCUCUAAAGGAUAUCUUCAAGUCUGAAUAUUAUUAAUUCGUUACUCUGUAGGCCAAAAUGGCUCCUGCAUGGAAAUACCUUGCAAUUCUGUAGACAUGUUUUUAAGUGAAUGUCUGAUCUUCAGCUGAACAUAAUUGCUUCACCAACGCUACAAAGUAUCUAUCAUGUCCAUUAUUUUAUGGCAGAGAUAAUAAUAAUGAUAGGUACAUUUUAAAAAUAGGGGGAGGAUCUAUAUAUGCAGUACAUUUAAUGUAACCUUUUUUUGUUUAGGUGGGGGGGUUUUGCCUAUUCUACAAUUUUGGAAUGUAAAAAUAUUCAUUUAAAAUUAAAAAGCUUUUUCUUUUUAAAAUUAAAAUAGAAAUACAAAUAUCUGAAGCCAAGAACUAUUAGGCUAGUAUCUUCAAAUGCGCCUAAGCAAGUUAGGCAGCUGAAUCCAAUGGAAAGUGAAUAAGAGUUGGGUGCCUAGUUCCUUUUAGAUCCUUUUGAAAAUUGCUGCUUCAAGUCCUACAUCUUCUAUCACUUUAAAAUGAUUCAAUGGAUGUUGAAAUCUCAAAACAGCGUGCACUCAUUUAGACCUUAUGGGUCAGCUUUUAUCUUAAAACAAAAUGUUCUAACAGCCUUGUAACAUUUCAGUGCAGGAAAAUAGGAGACUCUAAUGGAAAUCCUGACAGACCCUUAAUUAUAGUAGUACAGAGAAGCACCACUACCAUUUUGAUGUACUCCUGUCAGUUGAAGAAAUAGCCUGUUUUAAAGCACUUGAAGGCAUUUGACCCCUCCGUAUCU